GUCUGCGUACCAACGACAACAACGUUGUUACGGAGUUUGAUGUCGCCACCCAAUAUGGGCGGCCCUUGUUUGGACGAUUGCAACUGAACGGAAAGUUGAAGGAUGCACUUGGAAAUAUCUUGCUCCGAAUGAGAGGUGCGGGCCAGGAGCUCUCGCUGCAGAAGUAUUAUUCGCUCUUGGCGACGCGGCUUCAAAUGGGUCAAGUGUCGUUUGAUUUUGCAUCAGAACUAGUGGCUUCGGGAUACGCACACCUGACUCACUAUUCACCAGAACAGACUGCAGUGGCCGAGAUUGCGUUUCUUCCUGAUCCAGUUUGCGCAUGGCUUGCAAUGACACAGAUGAUUGAGGACUGUAACCUGUAUGAGAACGUUGAUGGUAUCUCGCUGGGGUGUGGCAAACCCCCAUCUGUCUGGUCAGAAAAGGCCAUCAAGAUAUACUCUUCUGCAUUGUGCCGCCCCGAAAAGGGAGACGUCGAGGACUGGAUUGCAUUAAUGCAAAAAGGCAAAUAUAAAACUGCUGUCAAGACUGCUGUCAAGACUGUGGAACCAAAGGCAAGUGUCAAUUUCAUCCAAGUUUGUCGGAACUAUUUACGUUACAGUUUGAGAGAAAUUCAGGAUAGCGGACUUCUCAAGCAUUGGUAUCUUGCUGGACGAGCAUCGUAUGUGUACGCUUCCUGCCAUGCGUACGACAUAUUGGUGCCAUUGCAGUACACUGUAAAUGGGGCUUUGCAUUACUGUCCCAUGUUG